GGGUUCCUGCCUCUUCACGGAGGAUUCAGAGAUCACUUUGUCGAGACGCCAGAGGCCAAGUACCGCUGUGAGGACUGCAGGCUGGUCCUGUGCCAUCCUCGCCAGACGGAGUGUGGACACCGCUUCUGUCAGAGCUGCAUCAACGACUUCCUCAGUCGUCCGAACCCGAUCUGUCCGGCCGACAAGGAGCCUUUGUUCAAAGACAAGAUCUUUAAAGAUGUUUGUUGUCAUCGAGAGAUCAUGGCGCUGAAGGUUUUCUGUCGAAGCGAAGCUAACGGCUGUCAGGAGCAGAUGAGUCUGCAGCAGAUACCAGACCACCUGAAUGUGUGUCCGUUCUUCGAGGUUCCCUGUCCUUUGGGUAAAUGUAAGGAGCGAAUGAUGAGGAAGGAGAUUCCCGAUCACCUGACAUGGAAAUGUAAACACAGAGAGACCACUUGUGAAUUCUGCAUGACCAAGAUGCCUUUGACCGACCUGCAGAAACACAAAGACACCGUGUGUCCAAAGUUCCCAGUGUCAUGUCCCAACCACUGCUCCUCUUCCUCCCUGCCCCGGAGUGAGCUUUCCAGCCACCAGCACGACUGCCCCAAAGCCCAGGUCAGCUGUCUGUUUCAUCGCUUCGGCUGUACUUUUAAGGGUUUGAACCAGGAAAUGAGGCAACACGACUCAGCCUUCGCGGCAGAGCAUCUACGGAUGAUGGUCAACAGGAACUGCUUGUUAGAAAACAAGGUGGAGGACGUCAAAGAGGAGUUGAUGGAGCGGUAUAAGGUUCUUCCAUCUCUGAGCAGCCGCCUGUCGGAGCUCGAGAACCAGAACGACGAACUCCGAGACAAGAACCGGCUUAUGGAGCAGAAACUGGCCACCAUGCAGAAACUGAUGAGCUCUCACUCAGAGAAGCUGCUGGAGCUGGAGCUGGAGAUUCGUUCCCUCCGUCUCCUUCGGGACGAAGUGGAGAACCUGCGAGGAGCGCUGGAAAACGUCCGGACGAGGCUAGGCGCCCUGGAACAAGGGGGACGGUGUGGAACCGGGUCGACUCACACUCUGGCGUCCCUGGAAACUCAGCUGACUCAGCACGACGACAUGCUGAGCGUCCACGAGGUCCGGCUGGCUGACAUGGACUUGCGCUUUCAGGUGCUGGAGACGGCGAGCUACAACGGGACUCUGAUCUGGAAGAUCCGAGACUACAAGAGGCGGAAACAGGAGGCGGUGGCAGGAAAGACGUUGUCUCUUUACUCCCAGCCGUUUUAUACUGGAUACUUUGGGUACAAGAUGUGCGCUCGGGUUUACUUAAACGGAGACGGGAUGGGCAAGGGGACGCACCUGUCUCUGUUCUUCGUGGUGAUGAGAGGGGAGUACGACGCUCUGCUGCCGUGGCCGUUCAAACAGAAGGUGACUCUGAUGCUGAUGGACCAGGGUCCUUCCAGGAAACACCUGGGUGAUGCCUUUAAGCCCGACCCGAACAGCAGCAGCUUCAGACGUCCCGGGGCAGAGAUGAACAUCGCCUCCGGCUGUCCUCUGUUCGUGUCUCAGAGUCUCCUGGAGACGGGCAGCUACAUCAAAGAUGAUACCAUCUUCAUCAAGGUCACAGUGGAUACGUCUGACCUCCCCGACCCGUGACGGUUUUCCCCUCUCCAGUUCGAGACGCAAUCAUCGCUGCAAGAUCAGCACUGCAAAGGAUGAUGGAAGGAUCGUGACAACGGAGUCCCGCUGGGCAGACGGGGAAGCAGCCAAUCAGAGACCGGACGGAGGGCGUGUCCUUUUUCCCCGCCCACAAAGUGGACUACAGAACUGUGUGUGCGUGAACAGGUCCGUCGGUGGAGAAGCAGACCUGGCGCCAGGCUCCGCCUCUUAUUUAUUACGCUUACUGAAGCUUGCUGGG